AUGUUUAUUCUACAUAAAAAUUUCACAAAAUGGGCAGCUGGUUGUACCAAGACCUUUGGUGAAGGGGUGGGGGUGGGGCGGGGAGUCGCUGUUCAAGAAGGCAACACGGACAGUGGUCAGGAGCGAAGCGGAGGGCGGGUGGGGGCACAGGCCUGGCCCCGUCCCUCGCUGCAUGCACAUGCAUGCACACUCCUUGCCUGUCGACAAGGAAGAGGGCUUCUGGGCGGGGAGCACGGUUCAGACUUGAGAAGUCCCGAGCCGGUGGGGAGGAGGGAGGUGCCCCCUCCCUGGCUGAAUACUGCAUCCGAGACAUCCAACACCCACGUGGUGGGGAUGGGGGGCGGGCAGUAA